AUGCCCGUGAGGCGAACAUCGAAUGGCCGCGUCUAUGUGCUCCCGCACUUGUCGCUGAAGGCGGAACCGGCUGUCGGUUCGCCUUCAUUCGUUGCUCUUAACACAGCUCCUCACAGAGGCUUGCAGCUGACCAAGCUGCAGACUAUCAGCGGGCAUAAACUCGAAUCGAGGUGUGAAGCAUCGACGAAUAGCAAGGCGGGCUGCGAUCAGCGAUACGAUCGCAUACAAGUGAAAAACGUACGCUCUCAUCGUAACUUGUGUGCAAGCGCGGUCACUCCAAGGUUUACUCCAACGCUACCGCCGUUGAGUGUUCGGUCAGCACGCAGACACGGAGCAGGAGCAACGGCACUCACAGCUCAAAGUAGGCGAGAGUCCGACGUGAAACGAUGUUGUCGUCGAGAUAUGCGCACGCAUCCCAAUGAGGAAGGGGGAAUGCUCGCUAAAGAGGUGCUGCAAAGGCUUUGGAAAAGGUUACGAAAGAAGGAUCGUAUUGAAAUUGAACGGUAUGACUGGGUGUGGUAUGUUCCCACAGUCGACGUGUUCGCGGACGGAGACACAACAGAUAGAUCGCAAUUUCUUGACUGCUGCGGGACGCGCGAGUGCGUGCAUGGUGACUGCGUGAAAUCAUUCAAAGGCGAGCAUAUCGCGUUUCGAUUUGAGUUGCUUUCCUUGCUUGGUGCCGGGAACUUUGGCCAAGUCUUUCAGUGCUACGAUCAUAAGCACAGCCGAAGAGUUGCGGUCAAGAUGAUCAAGGUCGAUACAAUGUUUAAGGAUCAAACUCGAGUGGAGAUUAAAACGCUUGAGCGAGCUUCCAUUGGAUCGUCUCGAGUUGUGCAAAUGUUUGAGCACUUUUCGUUUCGCAAGCAUAAAUGCGUGGUGCUCGAGCUGCUUCACAUUAACCUGUAUGAACUGUUGGCCGCACGCAAAUUCGAGAGAAUUCGUAUUGAGCACGUUAGACACAUCGCGACACAGAUGGUCGACGCGUUGCUGUACCUGAAACAAAUUGGCGUCGUGCACUGCGACAUAAAACCCGAGAACAUCCUUCUUGUGCAUGCCGAGACCUUCGAUGUUAAGCUUAUCGACUUCGGAAGUGCGUGUUUCGAAGGUCAUAGCUCGUUUACAUAUAUCCAGAGUCGCUUUUACCGCGCUCCAGAGGUUAUGCUAGGGAUUGAGUACGGUCAUCCCAUCGACAUGUGGAGUCUCGCUUGCGUACUCGCCGAGCUCGCAACCGGACGCACGCUGUUCGUGGGCGAUGAUGAGGCGCAGCAACUCAGCAUCAUCGCCAAUCUCAUUGGUCCACCUCCUACACGUAUGAUCACCGAGGCAUCGCAUCCCAAUCGGCGGGUCGAUUGUCACGUGUCCACCUCGACACUGCUGGACGACACCUCUGUUACUAGCGCCGAGUCUCCCUUGGUGCGAUCCCUCCGAAAACGUCCGCAUCGAACUCAACACAUCGUCGACGUUCAAAGCAACGCAUUCAACGCCUUCCUUCGGCGCGCCUUGCACUGGUGUCCAUCCCGCAGGCUCUCGCCCGCGGACGCCAAGGCGCACCGCUUCCUCCGCUCGCGCAAGCGCUCCACACCGCGGCUCACCGCACAGACGUCACCUCGUUCGUCUCCUCGCGCGCGUCGCGAGCGAUGA